UCCGCUGCGGUCCCUGGCAGGCGGGAGCCGGAGCUGCGGCGGAGCGCGACCCCCCUCCCCGGCCGCCCUGUCCACCUUGCCGGGGAAGGCGGAAGAUGCCAGUGAAGAAGAAAAGAAAAGCCCCCGGAGUGGCAGCGGCGGUCGCGGAAGACGCAGGCCUCAAAAAGUGUAAAAUCUCCAGCUAUUGCAGAUCCCAGCCUCCUGCUAGAAUAAUCAGUGGAGAGGAAGAUUUUUCAAGAAAGAAGUGCCUGGCUUGGUUUUAUGAGUAUGCAGGUCCUGAUGAAGUUGUAGGGCCAGAAGGAAUGGAAAAAUUUUGUGAAGACAUUGGUGUUGAACCUGAAAAUAUUAUUAUGUUAGUUUUAGCGUGGAAGUUGGAGGCUGAAAGCAUGGGAUUUUUUACCAAGGAAGAAUGGUUAAAGGGAAUGACCUCAUUACAGUGUGACUGCACAGAAAAGUUACAGAGCAGGUUUGAUUUUCUGCGCUCACAACUGAAUGACAUCUCAUCAUUUAAGAAUAUCUACAGAUAUGCCUUUGAUUUUGCAAGGGAUAAGGAUCAGAGAAGCCUUGAUAUUGAUACUGCUAAGUCUAUGUUAGCGCUGCUGCUUGGGAGAACAUGGCCACUCUUUUCAGUAUUUUACCAGUACCUGGAGGGCCUGUUCUUCUUGAUGAAUUUGUGGAGUGGCAAAAAAUCCGUCAAACAUCAUAGCAAGAACUGUUGUGAAGAACAUACAGAUCUCGUGAAGAAAAUGCAGGAAGAGGGAGGAUAUACAAGGGGCGUUUUCACUCACGAAAGACUCCUCAUAGUACUUUUUCCUUUUUUUAAAGGAAGUUUUCUUGUUACAUGUGAUGGGCAUUGAGCCACAUGUCUUCUGAGACUGAAUAUUGACGUUUUUGUUUCAAGUUAUGUUUUUAACAUUUAUUUUAGAACAAUAAAGAUUCAGAUUUGUGACAAAGGCCUUAAAGUGAA